GAGACGCGCCGCGCACGGUGCUUCCCCGGCGGAGCCGACCGGCCAACCCGCGCUCCGGCACAGUCCUCGGCGCUCCCCCGCCGGCGGGACAGACCGCCCGCCUCUAGCCGCUCUCUGGACCCUGGCCGCCCCGAGUGAAGACUGGAGCAAAAUGAUGCUUCAACAUCCAGGCCCGGUCUCUGCCUCAGAGGUCAGUGCGACCGCCAUCGUCCCCUGCCUCUCACCUCCUGGGUCACUGGUGUUUGAGGAUUUUGCUAACCUGACACCCUUUGUCAAGGAAGAGCUGAGGUUUGCCAUCCAGAAUAAGCACCUCUGCCACCGGAUGUCCUCCGCACUGGAGUCAGUCACCGUCAACAACAGACCCCUGGAGAUGUCAGUCACCAAGUCUGAGGUGGCCCCUGAGGAAGACGAGAGGAAAAGGAGGCGGCGGGAAAGAAAUAAAAUUGCUGCUGCCAAGUGUCGAAACAAGAAAAAGGAAAAGACAGAGUGCUUGCAGAAAGAGUCAGAGAAACUGGAGAGUGUGAAUGCCGAGCUGAAGGCCCAGAUCGAGGAGCUGAAGAACGAGAAACAGCAUUUGAUAUACAUGCUCAACCUGCACCGGCCUACGUGUAUCGUCCGGGCUCAGAAUGGACGGACACCAGAAGACGAAAGGAACCUCUUUAUCCAACAGAUAAAAGAAGGAACAUUGCAGAGCUAAGCAGAGGUGGCAUGGGGUCCAUUGGGGAGUCCUUUCUGAAUCCUCCGUUUCCACCCCAAACCCUGAAGCCAUUGGAAAACUGGCUUCUUGUGCACUUCUAGAAUCUCAGCAGCCAAGAGCAGUUGGGGCAGGAGGGCCUGCAGUGACUACUGCAUUGUCCCCACUCUGCCCCCGAGUGAACCGUGGAGCAGGCAGGAGCAUCCUUUGUCUCCCCAAUUCCAGGAUUUAGGCCUUACCAUCCUGGCCAUUCUCAGAUGACGUAGCUGGCCCCAGGCUGGGGUUCCAUGCAAAGCAGGAUCCCACCAACGGGAUUCAGGCAGAAGUGUCUACCUCGAUAGGGUGGGCCCACGUCCUCCACUGCGGCUGACAACAUCCCUUCUAGGGGAUGUGGAGAGAGAACAUUCAUGAUCGAGGCUGUCCAAUGGCCAGGGUGUGCUUUCUAGAAAAUAUGCUGUUCUGUCCCAGAAUGACUGCAUAGGGCAUUCGUUCCAGAGCCUGGUGUUGUGGUAUUUUAGAUGUUUGUCUUGCAUUGGCAUGAUUUUUCCGGGAGUUUCAUCAGAUCUGAUUUCUGAGAGUUUGGGGGAAUCUGCCGUUGUGGACAGUGUCCCUCAAAAGCAUUUGGGUGGCCAUGUGAACUGCUGGCACCAGGGAGUGAAACUGACUGAUGACCAGCUGUGCAACUUUGUGCCGACAGAGCACGCAUGCCUCCUUUCCCUGUACCCACUGUCGUGGAAGAACCUGGGCCUGGCAGCUCGUCCUUGGCUACAAACUGUUACAACGUCACAGAAUGAAGGCACCAAGUCCGACUUUCAAAGGGUGUACCACUCCACACUCAGUGACAGGGCAGGAAGAGCCAAAGAAUUCUCCAUUUUUCUUUCUUCCUGCCAAAAGCCACGGCCACAGCCUGUGGAGACCCGUGUUUGAAGCCAGCAGGGCCAGGCAUCUGCAUUGUGGAGUGUUAAAGGCGUUUUUUGUCUUGUAGCUAUUUUGAGACGUGGUCCAGGGCAUGUCAGCUGGGAGGUCCCUAUCUCUGGACACCAGGACUCUGGCUACUGUUAAAAUUCUGAUGUUUCUGUGAAAUCCUCAGUGUUUAAUCCCACUCAAAAGUAUCAUUACAGUUUUCUGUAAGAGAAAAAUAUUAUUUAUUCCAGUAUUCCUAGCCUGUCAACAUAAUAAAUAUCAGAACAAGACCUGGUAAA